CAGGUGGUCGUCAGGGUCCGCCCGUUCAACUCCCGCGAAAUAUCCAAGGCGUGCAAGUGCAUCAUCAAAAUGCAGGGCCCAUCAACGGUCAUUACAAAACCGCUCAAUCCAUCGGCAUCACCGUCGCUGGAACCAUACAAGUCUCAGCAACAGACAGAAGAGUCGCUCAUCAAACACUUUACCUUUGACGCCUCGUAUUGGUCCUUCGAUACCGACCAUGCGAACCAUGCCAACCAGGAAACCGUCUACCAGGAUGUCGGCAAGGAGCUGCUCGAGCACUCGCUCGAAGGCUACAACGUCUGCAUAUUCGCUUAUGGGCAGACAGGCUCCGGCAAGUCGUACACAAUGAUGGGAUAUCAGGACUCGCACGGCAUCAUCCCGCGCUUCUGCAAGGAUCUCUUUGAGCAGAUCGAGGCCCGGCAAGACGAGCACAAGUCAUUCUCCGUCCAAGUCUCAUACAUGGAGAUCUACAACGAAAAGGUCCGUGAUUUGCUCAACCCCAGCAACAAGGGCAAUCUGCGGAUCCGGGAGCAUCCCAGCCUCGGUCCGUACGUCGAAGAUCUGAGCAAGAUGCUUGUCAACUCGUUCGAAGAGGUGUCGGAGCUCAUGGACGAGGGCAACAAGGCCCGCACCGUCGCCGCAACCAACAUGAACGAAGUGUCCUCUCGUUCCCAUGCCGUCUUUACCCUCAACUUGACCCAAAGACUCACCGAGCCCAUGUCCGGACUGCAGUCUGAAACCGUCUCGCGAAUCUGCCUCGUUGAUCUGGCAGGCUCCGAACGAGCGGACGCUACAGGCGCAACCGGACAGCGCCUCAAAGAAGGCGCCAACAUCAACAAGUCGCUCACCACUCUUGGCAAGGUCAUCUCGGCGCUUGCUGAAAACAGCUCCGAUGUCUCGCUCGGCCGCAAGGCCAGUAUUCUGCGUAAGAGCGACCAUCAUAUCCCGUAUCGAGACUCGGUGCUCACCUGGCUGCUGAAGGACUGUCUUGGUGGUAACUCCAAGACCGUUAUGAUCGCAGCCAUCUCGCCGGCUGAUGUCAGUUACGACGAAACCCUGUCGACUCUCCGGUACGCGGAGCGGGCCAAGAGGAUCGUCAAUAAGGCUGUAAUCAAUGAGGACUCGAACGGCAAGCUAAUGAAGGAGCUGCAGCGCGAAGUUGAGGUACUGAGAGCCCGCCUGGCUGCGUACGAGAGCGACCUGACCCGCCCCAAGCUCAGUAUCCAGAUCGACAACAGCCGAUCUCAGACCGGCACCGAGACUCCGACCAAAGUCAAGUUCAAGGAUGUGCCUGUUUCCGCACCAGCCUUCACGAUCGAGGAGGUGGACGAGCCCCAAGAGCCUCGGUCCGAGAGCCGGGCCGAGACUGAGAACACGGACAUGAGCACCCUCAAGGACCAGCUCGAGGCGACCGAGAAGCUCAUCACCGAGAUUACGGAGAGCUACGAAGAGAAGCUGAAAAAGACGCAGCUGAUCCAGUCCCAGCGGGAAAAGGCCCUCAUGGAGAUGGGCAUUGCGCUGGAGCCCUCCAAGACAAUUGGCCUGUAUACCCCACAGACGGUUGCCCACUUGCUCAACCUGAACGAAGACCCGCUCAUGAACGAGUGCCUGAUCUAUCACAUCCCCAAGGGCGAAACCGUGGUUGGAAGCCAGGAGGGCGCUGACAUUCUGCUGAGCAGCGAUAUGAUUCUCCCGCACCACUGCACCUUUGUCAAUAACGACGAGGAGAAAAAAGUCUUUGUCAUCCCGACCGAGGGCAGCAUGGUGAUGGUCAACGGCCAUCUUGUUUCCGAAAAGUGCCGCCUCAAAUCGGGGUUCCGCCUGAUCCUCGGCAGCAACCACGUUUUCCGGUUCAACAACCCCGAGGAACUGCGGAUGGAGCGCGCCAGCUCGGGGGCAAGUCAGAAGCGGACCUCACAUCUGUCCUUUGCGACCUCGCCCGAGAGCGGCGAAGGCUCAUCCGCCACCGCCGGCAGCGACGUCAUUGACUGGAACUACGCUCAACGCGAGCGCGAGCGCAUCAACGGCCCCAUGGACGGCUUCCCUGCUGUUGGCAAGGGAUCGCUUGUCGUCGGCGACGCAUCGGCCCCACAUACCCGCGAAAGCUCCGUCAGCCAACCCGAGCAGUCCAGCGAAGCUGAAAGCCAUCCCGAAGUCGACAAGCUCAUCCAUGACAUGGAGACCCAGAUGUAUGCCGUCCGCGAACGCGAGGCCUCGCGGCUCAUCGAGGAAAGCAUGCGAACUCAGAAAGUCCAGGUGAUCGAAGAAGAGCUCAAGAUCGAGAAGGAGCGGAUGGAGCGACUUCUGGAGAUGCAGCGACUGAACUACGAAGCCAAGCUGCGGCGCAUUUCGGUCAAGGCCAAGGGCAGCUCGCAGGCCGGAUCGACAUCGUCACUGUUUUCGCCGCAUCACCAGCAGCUUGCCCGCAAGUUCCUGGCGCGCUGGAGGUCGCGAAAGUUCAUCAAGCUGGCCGAGGAGAUUCUGACCAACACCGUCAAGCUCAAGGAGGCCAAUGUCAUUGCCCAGGAGCUCCGCAAGCAGGUCAUGUUUCAGUUCGUGAUCGUUGACAACCACUUCAACGAACCGACGCGCUCGUUUUGGGAGCAGCCCUCCGAGGCAGCCGUAUUGGGCGACGCCAAAGCCUUGCAGCCGGACAAGCCGUACCUCGGCGUCCGGGUCAUGGACAUGCGCAGCGACUCGAUCCAGAUCUGGCCGUUUUCUACGUUGGCCGAGCGGCUGCCGCAAAUGCAGGGUCUCUACAACUUUGGCGACACCUCGUCGCUGCCGACGUUCACACCGCUGCCGACCUUCGAGGAUCCCUUCCGCGGCACGGUUCAUCCUUACUUUGACUUUCUUGGAGUCGGCUGGGUCUCGGUGAACAACCUCGCAUUCGGAUUCACCAAGGAGACGGUGUGUCCCAUCAUUCAGCUGGAAACUGGCGAGACCCUCGGCCGUCUGCGGGUCAUCAUCAGCCCAAUCACUGCCGACAACAACGCGCCCUCACGCAAGCCUGGAUACCGCCGCAAGAAGGCCAGGCCCGCGCGCUCUGGCAACGAAAGCAGCGACGAGCACGGCAGCGACGACGAUGCCGGAAGCGAGUACGACAGCGAUGACUUCCAAGACAGCCCGCCGCGUUCGCCGAUUUCCCUGGACGAAGGCAAGGAAAUCUUGUUUGAAGUCUCGGUCCUGGAGCUCCAGGGCAUCUCUGAAACCGAGUACACGCAGCUGCACUGCCAGUUCCGUCUGUCCGAGUUUGACCAGACCAGCGAGGCACUGCCAUCCAGCCAGACGACAUUCCAACCAACUGAUCGUGUGUAUGCCACCGAUCCGGCCGUGGACUUUGGCGACACCUGCCAGUUCGACCUGACGCAGUCGGUCAAGAUCAAGGUAACGGACCGAGUCAAAGACAUCAUCGAGCACGGCAUGGUGGCCUUUGAGAUCUUUGGACGACGAUGCCACACGGUGCAGGAACUGGUCGACAACGAGCUUGGCCCCAGCCUCUCCGACUCGGACUCGGACGACGAUGGUUCGGUGCACCGGCCGAAGUCAGUCAUCUCGCGCACGAACAGCGUCCGUACGGUUCGCACGACGCGCUCGAUUCGAUCGAUGAUCAACCUGAACCCCAACGACGACGAGAGCGAGCUCGAGCGACACAGCAUCCUGGCCCAGCUGCAGAUCCUCGAGCUGUCGCACACGGACGGACGGUUCAAGUAUGUCCCCGUCCAAGACGCGGCCGGGUCGAUAAACGGGGUCACCGGCGUCUUUUUGAUGCGACAGGGCCUUCAGCGUCGGAUAUCGCUCAGAAUCACCCACACCAGCGGCAAAGAGUUCCCUUGGUCGACGAUCACCGCCAUGUCUGUCGGCAACAUCCGUCUGGCGCCGACAAAUAAGCUGCAAGAGGCAGCCUCCGGCGACAACAACAUGAUCUCGCUCAACGUGACGGAGAAGGAGAAGAAACUGGCGAUUGUUGCCCGCGAUGGGCGGACGGUGCUGGAGGUCGAGUGUCCAUGGGACUCGUCGCUGCACGAAAGCGAGCUGCUGAACCGUGUGUCCCGGGGCAAGCGGCUGCUGAUCGACGUUUGCUGGACCAUGGAGACAUCGCUGCUGCAGAGUGGCGAACGCAGUUCAAUCGGCCCUGUGCAUUUUUCCACAACCGUUGCCCUCCAAAUCUACGACCGCGACUUCAAGGUCAAGGCGCUCACGAACGCCCGGUUGAUGGGUCUACUCACCGGCACGGGCUUCAACGUCAAGCACAUGAAUCAUAUCAACCUGAUCUACGUGAUUGCACUGCAGAAAGAGCAGGAGCGUAAGCGCCGCGACUGGGCCAAGAUGGAUACCAGCGGGAUUUAUGUCCGCGGCGAGGAAUGCUUGAACGGCUGGAAACCGGACGGCAUCGAGCUGCUGCUGGGAUACCAGAAAGCCAUCGACCGGGUCCGGUGGCGUCAGGAGGUCGAAAUGACUCGCCAGCGACUCGGGAUGGAUGUCCCAGCUUCAUCGACCUCGGGCACGAAGGAGCCCGCAGGCUCACGAAGCGGCGGCGAGGCGGACAAACGCGACCAGAUCCUGCUCCUGCGCAAGUGCCUGGAGCUUUGGCGGCGACGAUCUACCCGCAUGACGACAUCCGACCUCGUAAGUGCUCAAAUUUGUACGAUUGGGAGUUGUAAGGAUGAGAGGGAGUGUGCAAGCUGCAAACGGCCAGGUGGGAUGUGCCGAUUCGACGGCCUGGUCUCCAAGCGCGGCUGGCUGGCCUGUCCCGAGGAUCGCGGCGAGAGCUGGGUGAAGCGAUGGUUUGUUAUCCGUCGGCCGUACAUGCAUGUCUUUGCCAACAACAACGAGGCCGAGCAGAUCUCGACUAUCUGUCUGGAGAACGUGACCAUCACAGACUCUCCGGAUCUGUGGAGCAUCCUGCAGCGACCCAACGUCUUUGCAGUAUCGACCAAGUUCCACAACAUUUUGCUCCAGGCUCAAACGAUCGAAGAAAUGGCCGAGUGGAUCAACACGAUCGAUCCGCUGCACAGCGCCGCAAUCCUGAGCCGAAUUGGACACGCCCGAGACUGA